AUGUCUAUCAGCUCGAAUGAGAGCAUUCUUGAAGAUGACAUUGUUCGACGACAGUCUGGGACGGGGAAUGUUGAGGAUCAACGGGGGGAGAAUCAACCUACACGAAUGCUGGUCAGAAUAUCGCAAGAGGGUUUCACCUCGGUCUUUCUUGGAGACGAGUUUUCUUUUGAAGGCUACAAGAACGUAAGGAUCUCGAUAGUACGCGCCAUAGCUCAAAUCACUCUCUUUUAUGGAUUAUACAAAGCUUUCACCAGACCGCCAUAG